AUAUAUAUAUAUAUAUGAUUCAACAACAGAGCCAACGACAGGCAGAGACACCUCUGGAGUGGGUGAGAAGCUAUAAAGAUUCUUUUUAACUGAAGUUCUGUUCCCAAGUCUUUCAAUGGCUUUCUUGGGGAUUGUAAAGCUCUGUUUCCUCAUAUUUUUCUGUUUCAAUGUGCUGAGUUCAGCUCAAGGGCACGCAGGGAAGGAGGAAGAAACUGGAUAUGGGUACCCAUUUAUCAAACAGGCAAGCUCAUUCUCAUCUUCAGGAUCAUCAACAGAAGAUUCCAGUGGAAGGAUUAAAGGUUAUGACUACAUAAUUGUUGGAGGAGGCACAGCUGGGUGUCCCCUGGCAACAACCCUCUCUCGGAAUUUCAAGGUUUUGUUGCUGGAGAGAGGUGGUGUUCCUUAUUCCAACCUAAAUGUCUCUUACUUGAAGAACUUCCAUAUCUCUCUAGCAGACACCUCACCAAGCUCUGCUGCUCAGCCUUUCAUCUCCACCGAUGGGGUCAUUAAUUCCAGAGCUAGGGUCUUGGGUGGAGGCACAUGCAUCAAUGCUGGUUUCUACACUAGGGCAAACGCUAGAUUCAUAAAGAGUGUUGGUUGGGAUACUGAAUUGGUGAAGCAAUCAUAUCCAUGGAUAGAGAAGCAGAUAGUUCAUUGGCCCAAGCUGGCCCCAUGGCAGCAAGCCUUGAGGGAUGGUCUAUUGGAGGUUGGUGUCUCACCUUUUAAUGGCUUCACCUACAACCAUAUCUACGGCACCAAAGUUGGAGGAAGCAUCUUUGACAAUUCCGGCCGCCGCCACACCGCCGCCGAACUUCUUGCUUCUGCCAACCCAGACAAUUUAACUGUGCUGGUUCAUGCUACUGUACAGAAAAUCAUCUUUGAUACCAAUACAAAACCAAAUCAAGCGGAGAAGACUAAGAACAGUAAGCAACCCAGAGCCGUGGGAGUGAUAUUCAAAGACGAAAAUGGGAAAGAACAUCAAGCCUUUCUUGGAGAUGAACAGAAUACUGAGGUGAUUUUGUCUUCUGGUGCCAUUGGUAGCCCUCAAUUGCUAUUACUCAGUGGAAUUGGUCCUCAAGAAGACCUAAAAAAUAUGAAUAUUCCGGUGGUUCUACACAACGAGUUCGUCGGAAAAGAGAUGUCCGAUAACCCCAUGAACGCCAUUUUCAUACCCACAAAGACACCAGUUCGGCAAUCCCUUAUCGAGACUGUUGGAAUCACCAAAAUGGGUGUCUUCAUUGAAGCCAGUAGUGGUUUCGGACAAUCUAAUGAUAGCAUCGACUGCAACCAUGGAAUCAUGUCUGCAGAGAUUGGGCAGCUUUCUACUGUUCCACCAAAGCAAAGGAAUCAAGAAGCCAUUAAAGCUUACAAGGAAGGGAAACAGAAUCUACCCCAUGAAGCAUUCAUGGGGGGUUUCGUUCUAGAGAAAAUUGUGGGACCCUUCUCCAAGGGUGACCUCCGAUUAAACAGCACGGACGUAGAUGAGACUCCAUCCGUCACCUUCAACUACUUUAGUCAUCCUUACGAUCUGCGCCGUUGUGUUUUUGGAAUCCGAUUGAUCGAAAAGAUCGUACGGACCAGCAAUUUCACAAAUCUGGUGAACAGUGAUGCCUACACGGAGGAGAUGCUGCUUAACAUGAGCGUAAAGGCUAAUGUGAACUUGAUACCAAAGCACACCAACGAUACCGAAUCUGUAGAGCAGUUCUGCAAGGACACAGUUAUCACAAUAUGGCAUUACCACGGUGGAUGCCACGUGGGUAAAGUGGUGGACCCAGAUUAUAAGGUCCUUGGUGUUCAUGGCUUGCGUGUCAUUGACGGCUCCACGUUUCAUGAUUCUCCCGGCACCAAUCCUCAAGCCACUGUCUUGAUGAUGGGCAGAUACAUGGGAGUGAAAAUAGUAAGAGAGCGAUUAGGAACAGCAGCUGGCAUAUAAAAUUUAA